CCAGGCUCUGGCUCUCAGCCUCGCCAUCUCAUCAGACAUCAUUACGGCUCCUCAUUUGUGUUUGACCAGCUCAGAAUACAAUUUGUUCUUCAAUAGAACAGCCCCUUGUGCUGGUGGCUACGUGUAUUCCCUGGAGUCACCGGUGGAGACAGUGAGGUUCUGGGAGAGGCCAUGAGCCCAACAGGGAAAUCCAACCCAGGAACUGCAGCCCCCACAGAAGAGAGGAAACUCCGCCCCUGGCUGAGCCUCUGGGUCACUCUUGUUUGUGCUCUUGUCCUCAAGGCCUGUGUCAUCUAUGGCUGCAUGGUCACUCUCCUCAUGGGAAAUCCAAGCUGUGAAGUGCGCAAGGCCCUGCCCCAGGGUUCCGCAGAGUGGCAUUGUGUCGUGGGGAGAGAUGAAGGGAAAGGGCGAGUCUGGACGUGCUGCCCCUUGGGCUGGGAGCCCUUUCAGACCAGCUGCUACUACUUCUCUAAAGAUAUCAUGAACUGGGAUGACAGUGAGAGGAACUGUACAGGGAUGGGCUCCCACCUGGUGGUGGUCAACACGGGAACUGAGCAGGAUUUCAUUUCCAAUUAUGUAAAAAGAACAGUUAUUGGCAUCCAAGUGGAGAAUUACUAUAUUGGUCUGGCACUGGAGAAAGGCCAGUGGUGCUGGGUGGAUCGGACUCCAUAUAACAAGACGGCAGUGUUCUGGAUACCUGGGGAACCAAAUAACCUCAUUGUGGAGAAAUGUGUUGCUGUAGAUACAUCCCAAAAGAAGAACAGGAAUUGGAAUAACUUCCCUUGUAUCGCACCAUUUCAUCGAAUUUGUGAAACUGUGGCAACAAAUAUUUGAUUGAAAAAAACCCACUAUGGAUGUGAAAUUAGAGAGCGAGCCCAUCCCUCACCAUGGGCAGCUCACAGAGAGAUCAGACUGGAGGGUUUGUAUCAUUGUGAGUCCAGGACUGUAUAAUAUGCAGGAAGGUGGAGGUGGAAUGAACUCACCACAAAAAAAUUUUUGAAAAAAAAAUUCUGAUAAUGACUAAAGUGGAAAAACACCAAACUUCAGCCAAGCUCUGCUUAUGAUAUCAUAAAACUCCCUGUGACAUCACCCAACGAGUCCAGUAGAGAAGGUGGGUUGGGAACGGGAGGGCCAGUGGAUUUGCCUUAAAGUGUUGAAGGGAGAGUUGCUAUUCACUGUAUUAAUUCAGCCAAUGUUGCUAAAUGUAAUAACUUCCCUUGGGCCCAAUACAUCAGUCCCCAAGAAUAUGUGUGCUGUGAAUGGGAGUGUCUCAUCAUGUCCACGUUGCUCUGGUGACUGUUGGGUGCAAUAAGAGAUUCAGCUUUCAGGAAAAAGAUGCAGAAGUAAAGGUCUAAAUCUCACAGCUCUUUGUUGUUCCAAUCUCACUGGAAACAUGUGUCUGUGCUUCCAGCUGGGACUGUUUAGAAGGCCACACAGUUCAUUAUCCCUGAUCCAAAUUUAACUUAUUUUGUGAUGGAGCAGAACAAUUUAUGCCCCAGAGAAAGGACAGGUGUUCAAUCAAGAGACUGAACCUAGACCAAAUCUCCUAGAAAUGGAAAGGAUCUAUAAGCCCAGUUCUUUCCCACUGCCCAGGAGCUAGUGCUGGAUUGUUCCCAGUCGUGCAUUCUCCACAUCAUUGUCUAAUCCUAGUAUUGAAUGGCAGGAGCAAUGGCACUUCCACUACUUCCUCUGAGGGAUUAUAUCUCCCAGCUGGCCUGGGAACAGUUGGUAAUCCCCAAGGAGGAGCUGGAACCUGUUGUGGAGGAAAGGGAGGUCACGUCCUCCUUACUCUCCAUGCUUCCGCCAUGACCCUCACCAGGAAAAGCGGCAUAAAGGAAAAAGAAGAAGAAGGGACACCGUUUCUGCAUAUAGUCUGUAAAGAUUUUGGGAGCAUUGAAGAUAAAAGGGGCUAGAUAUGUUAUUCCUGGGAGAAUUCUGUGCCACUGCAUGCACGCAAAUUUCAUGGGCCGUGUAUACUUUUAAUUUUUUGCAGAAAAUAGCUUCUGCUUAAAAGUUGCUGCAGUUCUGCCUUUAGCCCACCAGAGGGCGCUGUGGCACUAGAACAGAGCAGCAGUUCCCAGCAGAAAAUAACUUCUGAUGUUCCGCCUUUUGCCCACCAGAGGGCACUGUGUCAUAGAACACAGCAGCCGCUCCUGGCCAUCCCCAGCUAUGACAGGAAAGAGAAAGAGCCUGCCUUCUUCACAGCACCUG